UUUUUUAAAUUCAUUGAUGAGUGUCCCGCAGUCAUCUUUCUCGAAGAGACUCACGCGAAGAUGAUGAUGCACCUUUUCUUCGUACUUGUUGCUUCCUUCCUCUCAUCGUCGGCAUCUCCUUCUCUCCAUACAUACAAUCUUCGUCGUAGGAUGCAGUUGUAGUAUUAUUAUAUUAUCAUUGUAGAAUGCAGUUGUAGUAUUAUUAUAUUUCCGUCGUAGUUUGUGGUAGUGGUACAGUGCACUUUGUAGAAAAAACUUAUAGACUAAAAAAGAUAAUCAAUUGAAAUGUCUCUUCCUGCGGAAGAAGCGGAGGUGUUGGACUCGCCUGACGUAAAUGGAGGAGACUUGGUGGAGGCGGAAGCAAUUCAAGAGGUGCAUGUUACCAUGAAUGGAAAUGGGAUAGCUGUGGCGAAUAAUCAAAACGAUAGCCAUUCUGAUGCUCUCAAGACUGAAGACAUAAAGAUUAAAGAUGAUAUUACCAAUAAUAAGGAACCAAAGUCUGUUGGAAAUUCUCAGAAAGUAAAACCUGUAAAUCAUCCUCCGGCGAAAAAGAUCCUACCAACCACCGUCCCCUCAAAGACUUUGUCCCCAAAGAGACCGUUGUUGGCGCCCCAAUCCUCUAAACCACCGGCAAUAAGUAAGACGACUUUAUCAAGACCAGCAGUUGCUGCACCAAAGCCAAAGGCACCAGUCCACCCUCUACUUGCAACAUUACCAAAGGAGGCUAAAAAGCAACUGGAACAAGGAGUGGGGACCACGAAAAAGGUAGUUGAAACUCGUCCUAUGCAUGCGGCCCCUAAACCAAAACCUAUUGGAACAACGUCGGGAGCAACUGCUGCAAAACCUAGGGCAGAAAUAAAGUCUCCGACGAAACCUACGCUGAAUUCUGCACAACCAAGAUGGAAUGCAUCCACAGCAGCACGGCCUACCACAGUCGCCUCUUCUACGACAUUGAAAACUGGAUUGGCUUCAAAAGUGAGUGCCACACGGGCACCUGCAAGUCCAAGUACUGACAAACCCACAACAACCACGGUGACAAGUAAAAUAAGAGCCACAACAGCAACAACAGGACUUGGUAAAGUUCCACAUCCUCCCAAGCUGGCUCCUCGUCCACCCACAUCAACUGUUGCUCCUCGUCCCCCCACAUCAACUGUACCCAAAGGGUCGACACGCCCAACGGUCUCGACCACUGCAACUCGAACUACUACGAUUACUAAGACCACCUCGAUUGCAGCACGUCCUAAACCUGUUGCCACUACUACUACCAAGUCUGCUCUCGUCAUUAAAAAAUCGGCUACCAGCACUCUGGCAAAGUCUACUACUCAGACUACUACUACUAUUCAGGCAACAGGAAAGACUGAAUCUAAAAAACCGACCACUCAGCCACCACUUUCAAUCGUGGAAGAUUCGCAUGCUCCUCAACUGAAGGCAUCUGAAGUAUUAUCGUCCACCGUUGCAAACGAUAACCUUUCUACAGAACUGGUCAAAGCCGAAAUACUAGACAACGGGCAGUCCGUAUUGCUUGUAGAAGUCGAUCAAGAAGUACCAGGAUCACAAAACUGCGAGGAAGAUCAUGUUGAAUCCGGAGCUAUACCAUCACCCGUUCCAAAAGAUAGCUCGUCUGCAACUGAAGUCGUGGAUGACAUGGUGGUCAUCUUUAGCAACUCAGAGCCCGAAUUUCCUGAAGAACGCGACUAUAAAAUAACAGGAUCACUAAGUUACGCGGAAAAUCCUCAUGAAAAUCCUCAAUUGAAGGAGCCGGAAGUAUUACCACAAACAAUUGAAGGCGUGAACUUAGAAUUGGGCGAACUUGUCCAAUCCGAAAUAUUAAAUAACGGACAGGCUGUAUUGCCUGUAGAAUUCGAGAACGAAAAAUCAGGAGACCUAACCAAUGCCGAAGAUCCUCAUGCUGAACCCCUUGGGGAACCCGCAGCAGUUCCAAAUGCUAACGUUUUUUCGGAUUUCUUUGGAGUCGUGGAAGAUUCGCAUGCUCCUCAACUGAAGGCAUCUGAAGUAUUAUCGCCCACCAUUGCAAUCGAUAACCUUUCUACAGAAUUGGUCGAAGCCGAAAUACUAGACGACGGACAGUCCCUAUGGCCUAUAGAAUUCGAGAACGAAAAAUCAGGAGACCUUACCAAUGCUGAAGAUUUUAAUACUGAACCCUUGGAGGAACCAGCAGCAGCUCAAAAGUUUAACGUUUUUUCGGAUUUCUUCGGAGUCGUGGAAGAUUCGCAUGCUCCUCAACUUAAUGCAUCUGAAGUAUUGUCGUCCACCAUUGCAAACGAUAACCUUUCUACAGAAUUUGUCCAAACCGAAAUACUAAACAACGGACAGCCUGUAUUGCCUGUAGAAUUCGAGAACGAAAAAUCAGGAGUCCUAACCAAUGCCGAAGAUCCUCGUACUGAACCCCUGGAGGAACCAGGAAAUGAUGCUUCGGAUUUCUUCGGAGUCAAAGUUACCAAUUAUUCUAAUUGAUUGAUAUUUCUAAACUAAAACAACUUAAUAAUUAAUUACCGGUUUGUAUUGUAUGUCUGGGGUUUGCUUUUUUGUACUUUUUUUUGUAAUCACGCAACUAACAAAAAUUCCAAGUGCUAUUUGAAAUCUUAUGGUGUUCAAAAAUUCAAUCAUUGCUGAAAAUGAGGAUUAAUAAAGAAACGAAUUGCCUUUAAAAA